AUGCUUCCUCCGGUACCGGCUCUCGCAGACUACGGCAUUUCGCCGGAUCAUGGCUUCCUUCCCACCGAGAUUCCCCUCGAUGUCCUCCCGGACCCAUACUACGCCAAAUGGGAAUGGAUUGUGUCGAACUUUCAGUCGCUGUUGAUCACACGGCGGAUCCGCGAGGUGGUCGAUCGGAUGCCGUUGCUGUCCACAUCAUAUCUCCACAGUGAGGGAGAGUGGCGGCGCGCCUAUGUUGUUCUGGGCUUCAUCCUACAUGGAUACGUAUGGGGCGGCAACAAACCCGCCGAGAGGAUCCCCCCUCAACUCACUAUUCCCCUCUUCGCCGUGUGUGACAAGCUGGAGCUUCCGCCGGUAGCAACCUAUGCCGGGUGGUUCUACCUCAUCUCGGUGGCUAUUGAAGCCCGCGGGGGCCCCUCCAUCCCGCUCAUGCUGCAAGCCAUCUCGGCAGCCCGCGUUGGAAACAGCCUGGUCGUGACGGAAUGCCUGCAGCGAUUCGCCGAGAUCCUCGACGAAGUCGGCGUACUUCUGGAGCGGAUGUACGAGUAUUGCGAUCCCUACGUGUUCUACCACCGCAUCCGGCCGUACCUCGCGGGGAGCAAGAACAUGGCGGAUGCCGGCCUUCCGCACGGACUUCUCUACGACACUGGCCAUGGGGAGCCGGAGUACCGGCAAUACGGCGGUGGGAGUAAUGCGCAGAGCUCCCUCAUUCAGUUCUUCGACAUUGUCCUCGGUGUUGAGCACCGACCAACGGGAGAAACCCGGCCCAACGAGGAGAACAAAGACAAAGAGGGGAUGGUAGGGGCGCCCCGGCAUGGAUUCAUCCAGGAAAUGCGAGACUACAUGCCCGGCCCGCACCGUCGCUUCCUCGAACACGUCAACGCGGUAGCCAACAUCCGCGAGUACGUCGAGGACCGUCGCUCGGACAAGGCGUUGUGCAUUGCCUACGACGCAUGUCUGUCCAUGCUGCGCGCCAUGCGCGACAAGCACAUCCAGAUCGUGUCGCGGUACAUCAUCAUCCCCUCGCGCGACGCGAAAACCCGUCCACCCCGCGCCACCAGCCCACGCCGCCAGUCCAACGCCAUGAACCUGGCCAACACGCGCGCCGCGGACGGCAAGCCGGACAAGAAACUCCGCGGCACCGGCGGCACGGCCCUCAUCCCCUUCCUCAAACAAGCGCGCGACGAGACAGGCGAGCCAGCCAUUGACGCGUGGGCCAAGCGGAUCCUCAGCAAUGGCCCGGCGGAGGCGAGUUUCGCAGCGCUGAGCAAGCGAGGGAGGGAUCUGUCACUGGUGAUGACGUAUAGCCUGCAUUAUCUUAUUAGCGAAUUUAUCAUGUUCUGUUUGUCCACUACAUCCACAAUGUCUGACACUUCCAACACCAACACCACCAACCCCUCCAACUCCACCAUCAAGUCCUACGUGGACCAAGCCACGGGCAUGGCCCAGCGCGCCAUGGGCAGCAUAACCGGCGACUCGUCCAAAAUGGCCACCGGCGAAACAACCCAAUCCAAAGCAGACGCCGAGCACGAAGCCAGCCACACAGCCUCCAAACUGGGCCCCGUAACCGCAGACCCGCACACAGGCGCGACAGCGACAGACAACUCGCAGCGCACCAACGGCACGUGGGACCAGACCGUCGGCUCGGCGAAGGAGAGCCUGGGCAAUCUGACGGGCAACGAGGGGCUGCGGCGCGCGGGCGAGGAGCAGAACGCGCGCGGUAAGGGCGCCGAGGCCGAGGGCCAGUUGAGGGAUUUUGGGGAGGGCGUGAGAGACCGUGUGCAGGGGGGUGUCGGUAAGGUUGCUGCGGCGGCGGCGGGGGAUCGGGGGGAGGAGGAGAAGUGGACAAGGGUGCAUGAUGAAGGGAAGGUGAGGGAGAGAGGGGCGGAGGUUGAUAUGCAGAAGAAGGCUUAG